ACGGCGCAUGCUCCGGAAUCUCAUCCUCUGGCCCUGGAGCUGCUGCUGCUGCUGCUGCUUUUGCUUUUGGGGCUGAGUUUAAUAAGCGAGUGAGCGAGCGAGCAAGCGAUCGCGGGGGGAAAAAGGCAGAGAAUGUCCGCCAUCUACCCUCCGCUCCUGGUCGCGCUCUCAUUCAUAGCAGCCUCUUCAUGAAUUACAGCUGAGGGGGGCGGGGGAGGGGGGGGUACCACACAACACCCCAGCAAACCUCCGGGCCCCCAGGCAUGGCUAGCUCGCCGCCGCCGCCGCCGGGAGCCGCGGGCACAGUCCGGGGACGCGGCGAGCAGCCUCGCCGGCCGCUACGAUGUGUGCCGUGCAGGUGAAGCUGGAGCUGGGGCACCGCGCCCAGGUGAGGAAAAAACCCACCGUGGAGGGCUUCACCCACGACUGGAUGGUGUUCGUGCGCGGUCCGGAGCACAGUAACAUACAGCACUUUGUGGAGAAAGUCGUCUUCCACUUGCACGAAAGCUUUCCUAGGCCAAAAAGAGUGUGCAAAGAUCCACCUUACAAAGUAGAAGAAUCUGGGUAUGCUGGUUUCAUUUUGCCAAUUGAGGUUUAUUUUAAAAACAAGGAAGAACCUAAGAAAGUUCGCUUUGAUUAUGACUUAUUCCUGCAUCUUGAAGGCCAUCCACCAGUGAAUCACCUCCGCUGUGAAAAACUGACUUUCAACAAUCCCACAGAGGAGUUCAGAAGAAAGUUGCUGAAGGCAGGAGGGGAUCCUAACAGGAGUAUCCAUACCAGCAGCAGCAGCAGCAGCAGCAGCAGUUGUAGCAGCAGCAGCAGCAGCAGCAGUAGCAGCAGCAGCAGCAGCAGUAGCAGCAGCAGCAGCAGCAGCAGCAGUAGCAGCAGCAGCAGCAGCAGCAGCAGCACCAGUUUUUCCAAGCCUCACAAAUUAAUGAAGGAGCACAAGGAAAAACCUUCUAAAGACUCCAGAGAACAUAAAAGUGCCUUCAAAGAACCUUCCAGGGAUCACACCAAAUCUUCCAAAGAAUCCUCUAAGAAACCCAAAGAAAAUAAACCACUGAAAGAAGAAAAAAUCGUUCCUAAGAUGGCCUUCAAGGAACCGAAACCCAUGUCAAAAGAGCCAAAACCCGACAGUAACUUACUCACGAUCACCAGUGGACAGCAAGAGAAGAAGGCUCCUAGUAAAAGACCCCCUAUUUCAGAUUCUGAAGAACUCUCAGCCAAAAAAAGGAAAAAGAGUAGCUCAGAGGCUUUAUUUAAAAGUUUUUCUAGCGCACCACCACUGAUACUCACUUGUUCUGCUGAUAAAAAACAGAUAAAAGAUAAAUCUCAUGUCAAGAUGGGAAAGGUCAAAAUUGAAAGUGAGGCAUCAGAGAAGAAGAAAUCAACUUUACCACCAUUUGAUGAUAUUGUGGAUCCCAAUGAUUCUGACGUGGAAGAGAAUAUGUCCUCUAAGUCUGAUUCUGAACAACCCAGUCCUGCCAGCUCCAGCUCCAGCUCCAGCUUCACACCAUCCCAGACCAGGCAACAAGGUCCUUUAAGGUCUAUAAUGAAAGAUCUGCAUUCUGAUGACAACGAGGAGGAAUCAGAUGAAGCAGAGGAUAAUGACAAUGACUCCGAAAUGGAGAGACCUGUAAAUAGAGGGGGCAGCCGGAGUCGCAGAGUUAGCUUAAGUGAUGGCAGUGAUAGUGAAAGCAGUUCUGCUUCCUCACCCCUACAUCAUGAACCCCCACCACCCUUAUUAAAAACCAACAACAACCAGAUUCUUGAAGUGAAAAGUCCAAUAAAGCAAAGCAAAUCAGAUAAGCAAAUAAAGAACGGCGAAUGUGACAAGGCAUACCUCGAUGAACUGGUAGAGCUUCACAGAAGGCUGAUGACGUUGAGGGAAAGACACAUUCUGCAGCAGAUUGUGAACCUUAUAGAAGAAACUGGACACUUUCAUAUCACAAACACAACAUUUGAUUUUGACCUUUGCUCGCUGGACAAAACCACAGUUCGUAAACUACAGAGUUACCUGGAAACAUCUGGAACAUCUUGAGGAUACAACAACUGGAUGCAUCAAAAACUAUUGGUUUUUUUUUUUUUUGGUUGUGAUUUUUUUUUCCUUGUUUGUUUAUAUGAAAACACUCAGAAUGAUGCAACCAAAAGGGAAAAAAAUAAAAAGCAAACAACCUUCAGCUUUAUUUUUCUUUAAAGCCAGUCAUCAUCUCUUGAUAAAGGAGAGGUUCAGCAAACCAGCCUCAGUGGACCACUCUUCUCUCCAAGGAAAUCCCUGGGAAGAGUUAGCCUGGAUAGCCUUGAAAACAAACAGAUCAAACACAACACGAGAAAACUUAAAGAAUGUGUAUGGUAUCACGUGUCUCUCUCUGUGGUGGCUCAUUCCACAGGACGAAUGCAUAUUCAACACACUGCCUUAUUACAUAACUGAUCUAUUUAUUAAUCGCAUACUAUAGCGUCGUUGAGGGAAUGACACCACAAGACGUUCUAAUCUCUCGGUCCCGUGGAUGCUCUUUCAAUGCAGCGCCCUUGCCAUCCCAAGCCCAGUGACCUUACUCCGUAUACCGUGCCACUCUCCAGCAACUUUUUCCAAGUCCCUUAACUCGUUGCAGUCUGUAUUUUCCACCUUUUUUUCCAGUUCCAGGACACAAAUGAUCAGCUGGGGGGACCAAAUAGCCACCCUGAUUUUCUCCUUUGUGGUCUUUUUUUCCCUGAAAGUUACAGUCCUUGGCUGUAUCCAUAUAAUGAAUGAUCUUGGACCAUGGUAGUAAAUGCACCAAAUAGGAUCAUAUGAAUUGCUGUCUAGCCUUAGUCAAUAAACCUGUAGGACUUUUAAACAAACGUGUACCUGUAAACGUCCUGCAUCCUACAUUGUUGAGCUCUCAUCAACAUCCUUGUGUCUGUUUCACUGUUAUGAUAUUAGAUAAAUAUGGAAGUGAAUGCAUUCCACAGGAUCAUCAUUUGAAAAAAAAAAAAAGGAAUUCUGAUUCUGUUUUCUAAAGAAAUGUUGUAGAAAUUCUUAAUUUGGAUCUAUUUAUUAGUAAGAGUUUCCGCUUUCUUCAGCUGCCAGUGUGUCACCCAUCUUUACCGUCAGACCUGGAGUAAGAGAUUUUUGUUUGUUCUCAUAUGAUCCUCUUAGACUCUUUUAUAUUUGAAAAAUUAAAAUCUUUCUUUGGGGGAAAACUCUUGAUUAUUCUGCCAUAACAGAUUAUGUAUUAACUUGUAGAUUCAGUGGUUCGAUACCUAUUUAGUCACUUGCUUAUGUUUCCAGAAGGAUUUCUUGUAUUGGUGACAAUAAAGAUGGUUGGGGAGGGGGGAUAUCUUUGUUCUUGAUGUACCCUGUUUCGAAACUAGAAAUCUGUCCUGUGGCAUGCAAAAGAAAGCAAAUUAUUUUUAAAAGAAAAAAAAAAAAAAACCCAAAGUACUUUUGGUGUCAUUAUUCCAUCUUUUC